GUUAAAACCCGGGUACACGUUAAUCCACAGUGGACACUUCACUGUCAUUUUCUGGACAAAGCACGUGCUCCUGAAGUCCUCGCCGUCAUCGACAGCUGAUUUCCAGGAAGUGACCGCUUACGGAGGUGUCAUAUGAAGGCAGAUUACAGCAGGUUACACCAUUCAUUCCACUGUUUGACUUAGAGUCGGUCCACACAGCAGCGUACACCGGUGAAAAAGAGGAGAAAUAAGUCCUACCGAAUCAUGGAGACCAGCUGUCAGGAUUCACCCCGCUCCUCCUGGAGAGACUGCUUCGUAUUCAAGCGGAUCCGCAUGUUGGUUCCGGUCGGGUUCAAGGCAGAAAUAAUCGAGCUGUGUAAACUGUCUGGACCAGUGGUGAGUAUCCCACCUGUGUAAAGCUGGCUAAUAUCAGUGUCCACUCAAUAAUUGUAUUGAUAAAAGUCAAAUGGGCCCUCGAAUCAUUAAUGAUAUGUUCCCUCACACUCUUUCUGGUCAUUUUUAUUAUUCUCUAGUUUUUGGCCCAGCUCAUGAGUUUUGCUGUGAGUUUUGUGAGCACUAUUUUCUGUGGACACCUUGGGAGGGUAGAGCUGGCAGGAGUUACUUUGGCCAUAGCAGUAAGUACAAAAAAAAGGGAAUAUUCAGUUUAAAAUUAAAACAUCUGAGCAGAAUAACAUUAUUCACCUUAUAUUUUAUCCUCAGGUAAUCAAUGUUACUGGAGUUUCUAUUGGGGUUGGUUUGGCGGCAGCUUGUGAUACUCUCAUUUCUCAGGUAGGACCCCACAGACACAGUUUUCUUAUUCUCUGAAAGAAAAAAAUGAUAAACACAAACAAAGAAUAACUUGUGUUUUUUCAGACCUAUGGAGGCCGUAACCUCCUGAAAGUCGGGGUGAUUCUGCAGAGGGCUAUUCUCAUUUUGCUUCUGGCCUGUUUUCCCUGCUGGGCAAUCCUCAUAAACACAGAACCUCUUCUGUUGGCUGUCAGACAGGAACCAGCGGUGGCCAGGUCGGUCUCGUCUAACUUUACCAGUUUCCCACACCUAUAUUUGUUAUUCGUUUUAUUUCCCUUUGUUUGUUAUUAUUGAAAAGUUAUUGUAACACUCUCUCCCCAGGCUGUCUCAGUUGUAUGUGAAGAUUUUUAUGCCAGCACUUCCAGUGAGUGAGACUUGUAUUUCUUUUACAAUUGGGAUUUCUACGCACUUCCACACCUUACCAAGUACAUGUGUGGAUGUAGAAUCAAUAAAUAAAAUAUGAUCUAUUUUGUUUCUCUUCAGGCUACAUUCAUGUAUUCAUUACUCACAAGAUAUCUGCAAAACCAGGUAGGUGCAUAAAAGAUAACAUUAGGUUACCUAGCAACAAGUUAAAUAAGAUUUUGAGAGCAAACACAUACCCUGUGGUUGGUUUUCUUAUAUUAGGAAUAUUAUUUUGUCAGCUAUCUACUCUUGAGUCUUUGCCUGACAUUACUAACAAUUGACACACGUUCAAGGUUUUGCAUGUUAAAUAAGUUUCUCCUCUUUUUUCUUUUGUUUUUGCUCUGUAGGAAAAAAACUUGGACACAUUCCUCCAGAUGUGUUAACAAUUUAGACAUCUUAACUCAAAUGACAGAAAUACCAGGAACUAUAAACCUGUUAUUUGCCAAGGACAGUGAACCAAAUAUGUGUGAAACUAUGUUUAGUCUGUAUGAUAGCAGUCACUGGUUUAAUUCCCAGCCUUCAUUCCUUGUCAUCCUCCCCACAUUCCCUGUCUCCCUUCAGCUGUCCUGUCAUGUCCUGUUUAGCAGAGGAUAUUAAUAUCUGUGUCUUUUCUCUCCUAGGGUAUCAUAUGGCCACAGGUUAUCACAGGGAUUGUUGUCAACCUCCUCAACGCCCUCGUCAACUACGUCUUCCUUUAUGCUCUGGAUAUGGGAGUGGCGUGAGUAUUCCCUGUUGACUCUUCCAGGAGCGUCAUACAUCAUUUCUACUGUCAUACAACCAAUAACAUGAAACAUGUCACCAUGUUACAGAGGUUCUGCUGUCGCCAACACCCUCUCCCAGUACUCCUUAGCUACUGUACUAUAUUCUUACAUAAUCUGGAAGGACCUUCACAAGGCUACAUGGGGGGGUAAGUACAAGAUUACCACAGUGAGAUGUGACCUCGCUUAUAAGCAGAGUUCUUGCACAAGUAUGUGUUUACAGAAAUCACAGACUUUCCCUGGAAACAGACAAAAAGUGCUGUUCAGUCAUUCAAGAAAAUACAGUCAAUACAGUCAAGAAAGUGCGGGAUGUAGUCAAAAAGACCCCCUGCUCCUUUAACUGUAUCAUCAAAGUUUAAAAAAGUAUAUCUAUUUCUCCUUUGUUCGAAACACGAUGUCCACCACCACUGUGAGUAAGCAAUGCUGGUCCUUUCAGAGCAGGGUUAUCUUACUGGACAAGAAAGAGAAAACAGCCUUGUUUUUGCAAGGUAUUUAAUAACAAGUGAUACGUUUGACUGUGAAAAGUCAGCAGGAUCAGAUUUGUCACUAUCCCAGUAUGAGGAAGACAAAAAAGAGCAGGGGCAGUUUUGUCCAAACUGACCUAAACCAAAACUUCCCAAAGGAGCUUUAAGCCUGACAUGAACUCACUUCUGUCUCCACAGGCUGGUCCAAAGAGUGCCUGCAGGAUUGGGGUUCUUACAUCCAGCUGGCCAUCCCCAGCAUGGUCAUGCUGUGUGUUGAGUGGUGGACGUAUGAGAUUGGAAGUUUUCUGGCUGGUAAAGUCACGUCUUCCUUUGAUUUAUUUUUAAACCAUUCAUGUGAACUCAGGUUGGACUAAAAUCUAACAGCUGUUUCUGAUUAACAGGUCUGAUCAGUGAGGUCGAACUUGGAGCUCAGUCAGUCGUAUUUGAACUGGCAAAUGUUGCAUACAUGGUAAUUUCUACCAAACAUUUAAAGUACAUUAAAUUGUAAAGAAUAAGCUGAAUUAUCCAAUGGUUGUACUUGAUUUUCUGUAACUUUUUGUCUUUUUAGUUCCCCAUGGGUUUCAGUAUAGCUGGUAAUGUGAGAGUGGGGAAUGCAUUGGGAGCUGGAGACACAGAGCAGGCCAAGCUGUCUGCUAAACUAACAAUGUUCUGUGCAGGUCAGUGCGCCAUUAAAUACCACUCAUGCUUUGAUUUAUAGGAUUUUUCAAAUGUUCAAUGCAUAGAUUUUAAAAAAGAGUGGAAUUAGUUAUAUUUCAUAUAUAUCUCUGCUUGAAUGAUCGAGUAACAUUGCAACACAGUCAUCCAUGAGAAAUAACAAGAGCGCACUCUGGAUUCAAUUCCACAAUCUCAGUCAUUCAAACCUGUCGUUCACCUUAAGAAGGCAUGCAUAGUUUUCUUUUUCCUUCUUGCUCCUUUAGCAUUGUCUCUAAACUUUUUUGUUAACAUCUCACAGCAGUUUUUAUGAUUAUUGUAUGUAAAAUAAGCUCAUGGAAACAACAUUUUUGCAGAGACAGGAGAAGUGUGGUCAUAAAAAACAUCUUUUUUGUCCUUUUUGACACUUAUUGGGUGUUUCUUUGAUAAUUAUUUUGCAAUUAAAAGCUUAAUCCUAGUGAAAUUAAUCCAUCAUCAGUACUACGAGGCCUAUGCCGAGAACGAAGAGUGGAGGAUUUAAAAUGUUCGUUAUAUAAUAUGUUUGUGAAGUCCUCAAUUAAUCUGUCCCCUCUCCAGGACAGCUCAGAUGAACUACUGUAUUUUGAAGUGAUACACAGAGUAUUAUAGAAACACAUUUAACCUCCUUCACUGGGCUUUUACCCUGUUUUCAAUCGCUUUUCAACAGUAAUCAGUAUCAGCGCUCACCGGAAGGACAAAUCAUCAAAGAUUUAUGUCAAACCAUUUUGUCCACAUGAAAACCUGACAGUUCAUCGCAGUGACUUUGAGCUCCUGAUGUGCUCCAGCAGAGCUUCUCAUUAGCAAACAGCAAAAGACAGUAGUUGUCCUUUGUGUCAAUGUGUCUGAAAAGAGGAUAAAUCAUUCCAGCGCUGUUUGAAAGCUGCUCUUAGUGGAUCAUUUAUUCUGUUACUCUUUAUCGCAGGGUCGGUGUCCAUAUGUCUGGCAGUUUUCAUCGGGGGCCUGAAGGACCAUAUUUCUUAUGUCUUUACCUACGAUGAGUAAGUAUGUCAUAAUGUCAGCUGAGGGGAGGAGUUUAAACAGUUUGUGUCCUGGGUGUGAGGGGUCUACAAUGUUUCCUGACUCUGGAUGUAGGGCAGGUUGGCCUAGAUUAUUUUUUCUGCAGUCUUGAUUUUGUGUUGCGGUCUUUAUCGGUCUUUAAGAGUCUGGGUGAGAGGACAGGCUGAGCUGAGUGACCUUUGGUUAUGAUGUUAUAUAUUACCUGACGGUGCACUUUGCUCACACGCUUGUUUACAUAAUUCCUUGUAAGCGUUUCUGAUUGUUGCGCUUUAUGACGGGGAAUUACAAUAUAACUGUUAAACUCCGGCUAGUCAUACAUUUAUGAUGUUAUAUAUCACGGCGCCUAACUAUGUCACGCUGAAAGGAAAUGAUGUCAUCCCUCAUGUCAUGCUACAGAGUAAACUCUGAGUCUUAUCUUUCAGACAAAUCAGGGAAAGGGUUGCAGAUGUCAUAUCUUUCUAUGCUCCGUUUCUCCUCCUCGAUGCAAUGUCUGUAAGUCCCUGCACCAUCUAGUCCACCACAGACUGGAUAACAUGCUUAUUGACUGCUGUAUUUGUAUUCCCACCAUGCAUUAACACUGCUCUCACUUGUUUUUUGUCCAGGCUGCCUCAGGGGGAAUCAUAAGGGGGGCAGGUAAACAGAAAGUUGGAGCUAUCUGCAACCUUGUGGGGUACUAUGGUAUAGGUUUCCCUAUCGGAGUGUCCCUGAUGUUUGCAGCAAAGUUGGGAAUUAAAGGUGAAAUAAUUCAAGCUGAGGAAUUUCUCGUUUCCACUGUCUUUAAAGUGAGAUAUCCAGCAGGAAAUCAACAUCUUUGCUCCUCUUAAAAUAAGAUGUAAAACUCUUUCCCCUCAGGUUUGUGGACAGGUUUGUUUGUCUGCGGAUUUCUGCAGAGCACAUUUCUGAUUUCCUACCUGGUGAGGAUGAAUUGGAAGAAAGCCACAGUGGAGGUUAGUAUUCAGAAGGUUAACCCUCCCUAUUCUAAACAGCCUCAGGCUUUUUCCUUAAGCGUCGAAGCUGACACAUUGUUUUUCUUCCAGGCUCAAACCAGAGCAGGAGUGCAAGGGAGCGCCUCAGGUACGAGUGAAAGAGUCUGAUUCGUUCCUGAUAAAAAAAAAAAAAAGCAGUUCUUCCUCAGGAGACGGUUUUGUUUAAAGGAAAUGUACCGUAAUGUAGUGGUUUGUUUAUAUGAAUAAAAAUAUGGAUGUAGCUUCAAGUCAUACUGAAACAAAAGCUUUAUCCUCCAGUGUGAUCACUUAUAUCAUGUUUGUAUUAACAGGUCCUCAGUCAGAUGAUCCACACGCCCCAGCUGACAACAUGGACCUGGUAGUCUCUGAGGCAGCUGUGAAAUCAGUGGAGGAGGAGCUCCCUUUCAGGACUCUGGUCCUCCGUCGGGGUCUCACUGUGGCUCUCAUGCUCUUCAUCCUGGCUGUUGGAAUCAUUAUAAACUUACUAAUCACUAACUUGGUUACAUGAUUACAGGGAAAGUUGUAUGUGCAGGGUAAAGUUGCUCGUUAACCAACGAUGAAAUGCAUGACCCAGGUGUCUGCAUGGCGGUAUGUCACUGCAGGACGUGCAGAGGGAAGGCACAGAUGAGCAGAAAGCAGACCGAGCUCUUUGCUUGGUUAAUCUUUCAAGGCAAAAUGUUGCAUUUGAUGAAGAUAUUUCCCAAUGAAUCAAAUAGUUUUCCACAAGAGAACCAAUCAAACUACAAAGUUUGUAUUUGAAAAAUUAAACCGUAAAAACUGGGGUUAUCUCAGAG